UAAUACGUACAUUUAUAUUUUAAUAGUGGUUUGAAAGAAUAGGACGAAUUCAUCAGUACAUUGGCCAACAUUGCCCGCCAAUUGAUGAUUUAAAAUCUUUCUUUGGCUCGGAACAUUUUAAGAGGCUGCCCAAAAUAAUAAAAGGCGUAAGACAUAACGCAAAGAUGACCUUAGGAUGCCAAGAUAUUUCAAAGGACGUAGUCCUGGAUAAGGUUUUUUACAUAUUUCAAUGGUCAACAGUCCCAUUUGGUCCCAUGGCAAAACAAAAAGCGAAUGCGGUAAAUCAUAGAUGUUACAUGUGUUAGUACUUUUUCUUUUAUAAUCUUUAUCUUCAUGAUUAUGGUUGACGCUGACGUUUGACAUUUGACAGCGAUUGUCCAAAUAAAUUACAAACCAAAAUUGGCGGUAACGACGUCCUGAAAUCCUGAAUGUGAAUUAUUUGAGUUUGAGUACUACUUCUUAAGUUCAAAUACAUUAUUUAACAUAUAUAUUUAUUUAAGUUUUAAUUAGGUUUGCCCAUAAAGUAAAUAUUUUUAAAGAAACCAUUACAAAAUAAAUAUGACGGACCAAGUGCUGUUUUAUACCUCGAUUAAAGAUGAUAUAAUCGAGAAACUUGUGAACACUGCAUCACCAGAUGGUUCAGCGGAUGAUACAUUAGACAGCUUCAAAGGCGAUGGUGACAAUUUGCAGUCUGAAGACGAACUCGAUGAUGCCCCUGUGGUAAGACCGAAAAGACGUGUUCAACACUUCACAGACAGCAGUAGUGAGUCUGAAUAUGAUGGUCUUAAAAAACAUCAAUGUAAUGACAAGGUUUGUGACCCAGAAGAGAGCAGUACACAAAAAACUGUGAGUAAACAAAAGUCAAGAAUUCGAACAGUGUCUAGUAGUGACGAUGACUUGAAUGAUAAUGCAAUAGAAAAAGCAACAGAAAAAUAUGAUUUAAGCAGAGUUAAAAACAAGAAGAAUAAAUUGAGAGAGAAAUUUCGAAAUUUAGUCUCAAAACAAGACAAACAGUUGAACAUGGAUUCACAAAAUGAAGAAUUAAAUGCCAACCUGAAUAACAAUAAAAAUUUAGACGAGUCAGAAGAAGAACAGGUUUCAUGCAACAAAAUCAAGCAGACUUUUAAAGAUAAACAUAUGAUGAAAAUAUCUGCAAUUUGUGAUCCUGAUUCGUCAAGUGAUGAAGAUGAUAGGUCUAGAAAACAUAAUAAGAAAUCAGUCAUCAAGUCUACUAGAUUAACAUCACCUAAACCUGUAAAGAUAUCAGCAAAACAGGCUAUGGAAAAUAAGCAGAAGAUAAAAAGUGAAUCUAAUCGCAUGCUAAGAGAAAAGGAAGUUUCACUUCCAUACCAUAGACCAAAGGCUUUAACACUCAAAGAUAUUAUGAGCCGACGGAAACCAGCCCUGGCACCGGAUGGGAAGGUCUUGUCUGUUAAAAUGACACCUGAACAAUUGGAGCAAUAUGCUUUACAGUUGGAGCAAAGACAAAAAGAGAUGAUGGAGUUAUGUAAGAGUGAUACAGAAGAGGAUGAUGAAGAAAAGAAAGAUGAUGAGACUGAGAAGACUGAUGACUUACCAGAUGUUCAAAUAAAACAAGAAAAUAAGACAUCAGAUAUUCAAAUAAAUACAGAAACUACACCAAUGGAAAUAGUAGAUGAUAAUGUAAUCAACAAUGCAAUAACUGAUACUAUUGAAGAUUUAAAAUCAACAGAAUGUAUAAUAAAUGCAGAAAAUAUGGACGUCGCCAAAGAUUCAAAUGACAAUGACUCUAUGACUGAAAGUGGUGAAAAUGUGAAUGAAAUUGAAUCUACAGAUAAUAACAAAGAAAUAUUAGAGGGAUGUGAAAAAGUUUCUUCUAAUAAUGAGAUUAACAAUGCUGUUGUAAAUUAUAGUGAAAAAGAUGACAGCCAAAAUAUGGAACUGCAUUAUGAUUCAGAGAAAAUUGACAGUGUAAAUGAAAAUAAAAUCAAUGAAGACAUUAAUAAUGAGAACCAAAUAAAUACAGAAUCAAUUGAUUCCAAUAAUAUUGAGAGUGAAUUUCUAGAUAAUGAUUUUAGUUUUGAUGAAAUAGAUGCUAUGAUUAAAAAUAUUCGAGACAAAGGUGACAAUAAUCAUAUAACUGACAUUUCAUUAGCUACACAACCAAAGUUAACUGGUGCCCCAGGAAUGGUUAUUGAUUUAGAUGACAAUACUUUAAGUGAGAGUAAACUUUCCGGAGUUGAACAAUUGAAAGAAAGAUUUAAAUAUUUUGCAAGACUGAAAUCAUUAGAAGAACAAGAAAAGGAUAGAGAGAAGAAAUAUAAACCAGGUGUACAACUUUUAAAAUUAAAACAAGAACUAGAAGAGCAAAUAGCAGAGCAGAGAUCUUUAGAAUGGGCAAAAAGACUGGAACAAGAAAAACAACAACAAUUAGAAUUAAAUGAAAUUGGAGGUGAUGAUUUAGAUGAUAUUGAAAAAGUCGAAGCUAAAUUGGAACAACUAAACGACAGUCAUAUUAGUAAAGAAAGUUCUGAUGAUGAAAGUGGAGAAAUCAUUGAGGAUGAUUGUAUAAUUGAAGAUAAACCGAGGAAGAGAAACCCGAUGAUUGAUGAAGAAGCAGAGGAAUCAGAUGUUGAGGAUGCGCCAGAAUGUGAAGAUUCAGAUCAAAUAAAUGAAAUAGACAAUGAUGCAAGCGAUGAAGAUUCUAGUGAAGAUGAGUCUUCGGAAUCUGAUGAUGAAGGAAAUAGUAAUCCUAAGAAGGGAAGGAUUUUAAAAGCAUUUGAAGAUUCAGAUGAUGAAGAUAAGACUGAAGAGGAUAAGGAGUGUGAUAAGAAAAAUGAGGUCUCUGAAGUUAAUGAAAUUACUGAAGAUUUAAAUAUGAGUUCAACUCAAGAUGAAGAAUUACAAUUGGCUCAAGUACCUAAAACUUCGUCAGAGGAGAUUAUAUCUCAAGUUACUGUUAAAGAGAUAAAUAGUAUUAAAAAAGGAAUCGAUUGUGAUCAAGAUUUGGGUAGUCAAACAUUUUCUAUUGCGAAUACAGCAAAUGGUACAUGUUUCGACGAUUUAUUAAGUAAAGAAACAAACAUAGAGGAUAGAGAUGUCUUUAUGGAUGUGAAUUACACAACAAAUGCUUCACAAAACAUUAAUUCUCAAGAAUUGAUAACUCCGACACAGUCACAGGAAAUUGGUGAUGAUAUAUUAGCGAUGUGUACAGGAAAAUUUUACGACAACCCGUUUGUGUCACAGAUUGAGGAUAUAAAUCAAGAAAAAUCAUCAAAUGACGACAUACAUGAUAACGUAAAUAAAGAACCAUCAAAUGAAGAAAUUAAUAACAAAGAUGGAAUGACUGAGCUAGAAAAAGAUGCAAGAAGAAAAGAAAAAGAAAUAUUAUCUUCUAUUCUAGAAGAAUUAGAUAAUCCUCGGUUUGAAUCACCUAAGAAAUUGAAAUAUUUCGUUAAUGAUGAUUCAGUUGAAAAUAAAGAAAAUGUACAGAGCACAGCUAAUGAAAGUGUUAAGAAAAAAUUAGUAAUAGACUCAGAUGAUGAAUUUAACGAAGGUAAUGCUGAGAACAUUAAAAAGAAGAAGAAACGAAAGCUUGAACAAAGAGCAUUGCAGUUUUCAGAUGACGAAGAAGAAAUUGAAGAACCAGAAGAUCUUGAAACAGAUAAUGAGGAAAAUCUUGACUCCGAUAUAGAAGAUGUUGAAAGAAUUGUAGAAUAUGACUCUGAGGAAAAUGAGGUAGAAGUACAACCUCAGAAAAAGAAGAAGAAAAUCGGCGAGUUCUUCGAGCAGGAAGCGGAACUGACUUCAGAAGAUGAAUGGAUGGGGUCUGGUGAUGAAGACGAGGCGGGGCUGGACCGCAUGGAGCGCGAGGAGGGUGACGAUGAUGUCUUCCAUGAGGGCAAGCUGAGGAAGGAGCUGGGACAAAUACAUAUGAGGGACGUACUCGACCAAGACAAGAGAGAAGUAAGAUUGCUGCAGGAGUUGCUUUUCGAAGACGGAGACUUGGGCGAGGGGCACAGGCAACGAAAGUUCCGAUGGAAGAAUGCUGAUGAGCCGGAGGAAGGAGGUACAGGGGAGGAGUUUGCUGACACGCAGGAGGAGGAAUUUGAGUCGGAGGAGUUAUGGAGGAAGCAGCGUCACGAAAGAGAAAUGUUCUUAAGGAAAAUGAAAGGAGAGGACGAAGAUCUCAAUAAUACUAGUAUAAAUAGAAGUGCUCUAAUAAAAGCCAAUCUAAGCUCAAAAGCUAUAAGCCCAGAGUCAAAUAAAGCUGUCAAUGAGGAUAAGGAAAAAGAAAUGGUUCAGGAAAUUAAGACGAAUAAAGAUAUACCAAGUCCAAAGAAACCCUAUGCUAUUUUUCAGCAAAACUACCACGGUUCGUUGCUGUCUCGUGGUAAAGGUGCGCUGGCGCGGCUGGCCGCCAUCGCCGCGCCGCUGGCCGGAGACGGUGAUACCACUAAAGUGUCAUCAACGAACAGAAGGAAUUUCGUAUUCGCCGCUUUGUCGCAGGAUGAAAUAGAACCUAAGGUAUCUAAAAGAAAAGCCGAUACUGCCGCACCUUCGCCAGUUUUGAUAAAGAAAUUGAAAGCCGAGGAAAAACAAAAAUCGACGCGGAGUAGUUUAUUCGACUAUUUAGACGGAUAAAUAUUUUUAAGUUACAAUACUGUUGCCAAACUUGAGAAAUAUCCCUAUUACUUUUUAAUUUAUAAAAAUGAGAUAACAUGGAGUAAAAAUCCAACACUUUAACAUCGAAAUUAGGCUUAGAAGUGCCUAGGAAGUUAAUUCAAAAAAAUUAUUAACAAAAAAGUGUAUUUUACCCCUGUCAACUUAUUUUUUAAAUGUAAUAUUUUGAUACCCACAAUUAUUUUUAUAUUUGACUCAUAAUGUGUAUAUUUUUUGACGAACGUAUCGAUUACCUAAUCAGCUCAAACUACCGAUCUUAGAAAAAUGGAAUCUUGCAUAGAGAUUUUUGUACUUGUUAAUUCCACGCGGAUGAAAUCGCGGGCAACAGCUAGUAAAUAUUAAGCUAUAAUUGUACAUAUAAACUAUGUUUAAUUCUAGUACCUCGGAUUAGGUUAAAUAACUAAAUUUAGAAUAAUAUUACAUAAGAAAAUAAAUAAUUGAUGUGCUUAC